AUGGCAGUUAAUAUCUGGAUUGCUGCCUCAGAUAACGAUAUUAAAGCAGUUAAAGAAUAUAUUACCAGCGGAGCACACACCCCAGCCGAUAAAGAUGCGAAUGGGUAUACCCCUAUUCAUGCUGCUGCUUCAUACGGACAUAUCGAGUUGCUAAGGUACUUGAUCAAUGAAGCUGGAGGUGACAUUAAUAUUACCGACGAGGAUGGGGACACUCCACUACAUACAGUUGAAAGUGUAGAGACUGCCAAAUUUAUAAUUGAAGAGCUCAAAGGAAGCCCGAAUGCUGAAAAUGAUGAGGGACAGACAGUAAGUAUAUUGCAGAAUUCGUUCGCAGUUGAGAGUUGA